GAUGAUUCAUUUGCAAGACGAAAACAAAGAAGAAAUCGGACGACUUUUACUUUACAACAGCUUGAAGAAUUAGAGAAGGCGUUUGCCCAGACACACUACCCUGAUGUGUUUAUGAGAGAAGACUUAGCCAUGAGAAUCAACUUGACAGAGGCAAGAGUUCAGGUAUGGUUUCAAAAUAGAAGAGCAAAAUGGCGAAAGAGUGAAAGA